AUGAAAGCCGCUAACGGUUUCAAGAGUGGUUACAUGACUAUGUUAGAGAAGUGGUCUGAAGAAAAGUUCCUUGGUUCUGCCAUCAAAGGUAAUCCUCACAUAGAGUCGAAGAUGAAAAACUUGAAAAAGUUGUACAAUCAGAUAUAUGACUUGAAGGAUCAAAGUGGCUUUGGGUGGGAUCAUGAAAACCAUUAUGUUGAUAUUCAUCCGGAGGAUAGUUGGCUAAAAUAUUGCAAGACCUAUCCAGGAGUUGCUUCUUUGAGAGGGAAGUCCUUCCCCCAAUAUGAUCGACUAGCAACCGUAUUUGGAAAAGACCGUGCCAAGGGAAAUCUCAGUGAAGACCCUUCAGAAGCUCAUGCGGCUGUAGAUAAUGAAGAAGGUGAGAAUCAUGAUGGCGUGGCAACUAAUGGUGUAAGUCAAAACUUACCACCACUAUCUUCUCAAACACAAAAUGUUUCUGAUCCUUCGAGAAGAAGAAGGGCUAAAGCAAGUGAUAAAUGGGCUACUGGGUUAGUUGAGAUUGCAGGCACUUUUGGCUCUUUCUUGGAAAAAGCUAACGAGAGGAUGGAGUCGAUUGCUACCCGCAUCGGACAUGCUAAAGAUUUGGAUAAUGACAAGAGAAAAAUUAAUGAGGAGCUUCUUCAAAUGUCUCUAGGUACUAUGGAUAGAAAUAAACUAUGCAAAAAAAUUGUGAAGGAUCCUGAGAAUAUUCAUCUUUUUUUUCGGAUUUCAAGGAGACGACAGGAAGGCAUUUAUGGAACUGCUUCUCCAAGAGAUGAUAGAAGAGAAUGA